AUGGGUGUUCCAGCUCUCUUCAGGUGGCUUUCGAGGAAGUACCCUAAGAUUAUCUCUCCAGUGGUGGAGGACGAGGGUGACGCUCAAUAUGGCACUGAGCCUCAGUACCUGGACCCUAACCCCAAUGGAGAACUAGAUAACUUGUAUUUGGAUAUGAACGGUAUUGUUCACCCGUGUUCCCAUCCAGAGCAUAAACCGGCUCCUGAAACAGAAGAUGAGAUGUUUUUGGACGUUUUUAAGUAUACAGAUCGUGUUUUGAUGAUGGCUAGGCCGAGGAAGGUACUUGUCAUCGCGGUUGAUGGAGUUGCACCAAGAGCCAAGAUGAACCAGCAGAGAGCCAGAAGAUUCAGAGCUGCUCAGGAGGCCAAGAUUCAUGAUGAAGAACGCGAAAGACAGAUUGCUGAUGCUGAAGCCCGUGGUGAAAUCAUUGAAGACUCUAUCAAGGGUAAGAAGAAAUGGGAUUCCAACGCAAUUACUCCUGGUACUCCAUUUAUGGAUGGCUUGGCUGCUGCUUUGAGAUACUGGGUCGCUUAUAAACUUGCUUCUGAUCCAGGCUGGAAAGAUUUGCAGGUGAUCAUCAGUGACGCUACGGUUCCUGGUGAAGGUGAGCAUAAGCUUAUGAGCUUUAUCAGAUCGCAGCGCCUGGACCCUCUGCACGAUCCAAACACUAAACAUUGUAUUUACGGUCUUGAUGCUGAUCUUAUUUUUUUGGGUUUGGCUACCCACGAGCCUCAUUUCAGAGUUUUGAGAGAGGAUGUCUUUGCCCAGGGCGGAGGCCAAAGAAACAUGAAAUAUUCCGACCAGAUAAAUAUGACAGCCGAGGAAAAGAAAGCAUUAGAUGCCAAGGACGCGAAGAAACCUUUCCUAUGGCUUCACGUUAAUGUGCUUCGUGAAUACUUGGAAGUCGAGCUUAAGGUGAGAAUGGGCAUGCAGUGGGAUGUUGAGAGAGCUAUUGAUGACUGGGUCUUCAUGUGUUUCUUCGUCGGUAAUGAUUUCUUGCCGCAUUUGCCUUCAUUGAGUGUUCGUGAUAACGGUAUUGAUAUCUUGGUCGGCUGUUGGAAACUGAUUGCCCCUAGAAUAACUGAUUAUUUGACCUGUGACGGUAAGCUCAACCUUGACGCCGUCGAGCAGCUUCUUGGGGCUCUUUCUCAUAAAGAGGACGAUAUCUUGAGACGCAGACAUGAAAACGAAAAAAGAUACCAGAACAAUGAUAAGAGAAGAAAGGUGGCACAAAGUGAAGAGAAGAGUUUGCGUGCCCAAUAUCUUUCAACAGUGUCCAAGGGUAAAGAAAAGGCCCCUGUGACAGCUGACAUGAACAUGCCACUCAUGGACACAUCAGGUAAGCUUGUUGACGGUUACGCUCAGCUUACAAACAAAGACAUUGUUCAAAACAGAGAUGUUAUCACCAAGGCUAACAUGGCUAAUGCUGAUGCUGCCGCUGCUCUUAAAAAGCUCCUAGCCCAAAAGAAUGGAGAGGCUCCAGCAGAAGAACCAUCCGAGCAGAGUGAUGCAAGUCAAGCAGAAGAUCCAAAGAAAAGAAGUGCUAGUGAGUUGGAGACUACUGAGUCAGAGGAUGACCCUGAUGUGGACCAAGUUAAAGAGUGGGAACCUGGUUACAGAGAGAGAUACUACAAGAUCAAGUUCAGCUUGUCAACCAAGGAAGAGAUUGAACAGCAAAGAAGAGAUCUUGUCUUCUCUUACAUUGAAGGUGUCUCAUGGGUACUUCUAUACUAUUACCAAGGCUGUCCUUCAUGGCAAUGGUACUACCCAUAUCAUUAUGCUCCAUUUGCUGCUGACUUUACCGACUUGGGAGAGAUCUUUGGCAGUCAAGGAAUUAAGUUCAUUGAAGGCGAGCCAUUCACCCCCUACGAACAGCUUAUGUCUGUUUUGCCGGCUGCUUCUGGCCAUGCCUUGCCUAAGGUGUUCAGAGAACUCAUGUCGAGUCCCGAUAGUGAGAUUAUCGAUUUCUACCCUGAGAAUUUCAAGAUCGAUAUGAACGGAGCAAAGAUGAGUUGGCAAGGUAUUGCAUUGUUACCAUUCAUCGAUGAACAUAGACUUCUCACUGCUGUUCGUGGAAAGUACGACUUACUUACAGAUGCGGAGAAGGCGAGAAACACCAACAAGAAGGCUCAGCUCUAUAUUUCUAGCGCCAACAAGAACUACCAAAAGUUCCUUCAAGGUUUCGAUGAGGACAAAACGAUACCAUUCGCUGCACAAAGAACUGGUCUCGCCGGCGUUGUCAAGCCAGUUCUGUCAUUCUCUGCUGAUGGAGAAUUGAAGUUCCCGCUCAAUGAAGGUGAUCUCCCACAUAUUCUGAACUCAGCAUAUUUGAUGUCAUGGUACGACUUCCCUAAGUCAACACCUGGCAAGUCCAUGUUGCUUAACGGUUACAUUCCUCACGUCAAGGUGCUCACGGACGACGACAAGUUUGCUAUUACUGGUAGACAGAGGAACGGACCAAGGUUCCAGAAUGUCUCUGACUAUGUGAAUACCGGUCCUCAAGGCAAGGAGCCAUACAUGGCUUACGGUAUGAGGGUUGGUGGCUACCGUGCACUUUCACACAUUGGCUCUCAGCCUGAUUCAGGCCGUGGAGGUAGAGGCAGCGGCCGUGGAGGCAGAGGUAAUUACAGUAACCGAGGCAACCGAGGCAGAGGUAACUACAACAACAGAGGACAGAAUUACAACAACAACUACAACAACAAUUACAACAACCAGGGCUAUAAUAACUACAACCAAGGGUACGCUAACCAGGGAUACAACAACUAUAACCAAGGAUACCAGGGAAACAACUAUAAUCAAGGUUACAACAAUUAUGGUAACCAAGGCUACAACCAGAAUCAAGGCUACAACCAGAACCAAGGUUACAACCAAGGCUACCGGAACCAGGGAUACCAAAAUCAAGGGUACCAAAACCAAGGCUUCCAAAACCAAGGCUACGGUAACCAAGGAUACCCAGCCAACCAGGGUAACCAAGGCAACCAGGGUUUCAGCAACUACAACAGUUUUGGCGGCAGCUACAACAGAAACAACUACGGCGGCCAAAGGUAA